CUUCCCCCCCUUCCUCAGCUCGCCUUUCCCGGCUACAAGACACUCAACCGCAUUCAGAGCCGCAUCUUCCGAACCGCCUACCACUCUAACGAGAAUAUUCUGGUGUGCGCCCCGACCGGUGCCGGCAAAACCAACAUUGCCAUGAUCGCGGUGCUCCGGGAGAUCGGCGCCAACAUGCGGCACGGGGUCAUCCAGAAGGCGGACUUCAAGAUCGUGUACGUGGCGCCCAUGAAGGCUCUGGCAGCCGAGGUAACAGCCAACUUCGCCAAGAGACUGGAGCCUCUAGGUCUGCUGGUCCGCGAGCUCACGGGCGACAUGCAGCUCACGAAACGGGAGCUCGCGGAAACGCAAAUGAUCGUCACCACACCGGAGAAAUGGGACGUCAUCACACGCAAGGUCUGCCUGUCUGUAUGUAUGUCUAUAUCUGUCUGUAUGUCUGUCUGUAUGUCUGUCUGUAUGCCUGUCUGUAUGCCUGUCUGUAUGUCUCAUGGGCAGGUGUUGAGUUUGGUGAUAGUGGAGCGUGGGGGUUUACCUUUCGGUUUUUUGUGGUUUCUUUCUCCCUCCCUCUCCAUCUUGCCCUCCAUCUCCCCCCCCACACACAUUUCCUACCCCAUCUCGCAACCCCCUCAAUAUUCGUCCCCCACCCCCUACACAAACAUCUGGUUCCUGCAUUCCCCCUCCCCCCUCCCCCCCCCAAAGAUGGUCGAGAGUCUCAAGGCGGGCUACCAAGUGAUGGUGUUCGUACACAGCCGCAAGGACACGGGUAAGACGGCCCGGGUGCUGGCUGACCUGGCGGCCAAGAGCGGCGACGCGGGGCUGCUGGACACGAGGGAACACGACAAGUACGGCAUCUUCGCAAAGGAUGUACGGAAGAGCAGGUACAUGGCGGAGUUGUUCGAUUUGGGUUUCGGCAUGCACCACGCGGGUAUGCUGCGGCCCGACCGGACCCUCACGGAAAGGCUGUUUGCGGAGGGGCUGCUGCGGGUUUUGGUGUGUACGGCCACCCUCGAGUGGGGCGUGAACCUGCCGGCACACACCGUCAUCAUCAAGGGCACGCAGGUGUACGACGCACAGAAGGGUGGUUUCACGGAUGUGGGCAUGCUGGACGUGCAGCAGAUUUUUGGACGAGCGGGCCGCCCGCAAUUCGAGGACAGCGGUGAGUGUCUGGGCAUCAUCCUGACGACCCACGACAAGCUGGCCCACUACCUGGGUAUGCUGACCCACCAGGCGCCCAUCGAGAGCCAGUUCAAAAAGUACCUGGUCGAUAACUUAAAUGCAGAGAUUGUGCUGGGUACGGUCACCAACGUGCGUGAGGCGGUGGCCUGGCUGGGGUACUCCUACCUGGCGCGUAGGCUGGAGCGAAACCCGCUGGUGUACGGCAUUACGUACGACCAGCUCGUACUGGACCCCGGCUUAGAACUCCACAAACGUGACCUGGUGGUUGAGGCCGCCAAGUCGCUUCGGGAGUCCCAGAUGGCUGUGUACGACGAGCGGUCGGGCGCCCUGUACGUCACUGAGCUGGGUCGUGUGGCCUCCCACUUCUACAUCAAGGCUGCCUCCAUGGUUACCUUCAACUCGCUGCUGAAGCCGCACAUGAAGGAGGACAAGGUGCUGGCCAUGGUGGCGCAGAGCGCCGAGUUCGAACAGCUCGUGCUACGGGAGGAGGAGCUGCCGGAGCUGGACGAGAUGGCUCGGAAUGUGCCGUACCCUGUCAAAGGGCUGGGCGGCAACGACAACAAGUCUGGCAAGGCCAACGUGCUGAUGCAGGUGGUAGUGCGGGGGAGGGGGUUUGUGUGUGUGGGACGCAAGUGGAGCAGCAUGGCGGACACCUGUCUCACUCUGGCCAAGUCGCUGGAGCUCAGGUUGUGGGCACACAACCACCCGCUCCGGCAGUUCGAGGGGACGCCGGGACUGGGAGCCGAGCUGCUGGGGAAGCUGGAGGAUAGGCAGGUGGGAGCGGGUGCGUGUGAGAGUGUGUUAGUGCCAAACCCUGUUAAGAUAUAUAAUUUUGACAAAAAAUACAAUUUGCAAAGCACCCUAAAACCCCCUCCCCGUACCCUAACUAAGCCACAUUCACGUGCUUGUCCUCUUUCCCCCAUCAUCCCCUGUCUCAAGAUCAGGAUCCAGAUCCAGGUCCAGAUUCAAAUCCAGGACCUUGAUGCAGGGUUCUUCACCAGGGUACCCAAAAAUUUCGGCCGUGUCCGAAACCCUCUGAUUAACCUUUCGGGGCCCUCCCCGAAAAGUUUCCUUCUCAAAAAAGUUCGGGCCCGAAUCGGGGUGAAGAACCCUGCCUCGAUGGCUUUCUUCUCAGGGUUUCCCCCCCUCCCUCCCUGCUGCCCCCUCCUCCCCUUUUUGGUUUCAGAGCUCCUGGAUUUGGAUCCGCUCCCCCUGGCCGCCCUGCGCCACCCCGCCUACGAGGCGCUGUACGGCGGCCGCUUCACGCACUUCAACCCCAUCCAAACCCAGGCCUUCCACACGUUGUACCACACGGACGAGAAUGUGCUGCUGGGGGCACCCACCGGGUCGGGUAAGACCAUCAGCAGCGAGCUGACCAUGAUGCGGCUGUGGAGCGCCCACCCGGGUCACAAGGUCAUCUACGUGGCCCCGCUCAAGGCGCUGGUGAGGGAGAGGAUGAGCGACUGGGGGGCCAGAUUGUGUCCGCUGCUGGGCAAGAAGAUGGUGGAGCUGACAGGCGAUUACACACCUGAUCUGCGGGCGCUGCUGGCGGCGGACAUCAUCAUCUGCACUCCGGAGAAGUGGGAUGGCAUAUCCCGGGCCUGGCAGACACGAGGAUACGUCAAGAAGGUGUGGGGUGCGAGUGCGAGGGAGAGGGUGCGAGUGCGAGGGAGGGGGUGCGAGUGCGAGUGCGAGGGAGGGGGUGCGAGUGCGAGGGAGGGGGUGCGAGUGCGAGGGAGGGGGUGCGAGUGCGAGGGAGGGGGAGCGGGAGCUGACCUGGCGGAUUGGCUGGGUAUCGGACCCGCGGGUCUGUUCAACUUCAAGCCCUCCGUACGACCUGUUCCCCUGGAGUGCCACAUCCAAGGCUUCCCGGGCAAGUUCUACUGCCCCAGAAUGGCGUCCAUGAACAAACCCGCGUAUGCAGCAAUACAGGCGAGGUCGGGGCGGGGGGGAAGGCCGCCAGUCCACUCACCCACCAAGCCCGUGCUUGUGUUCGUGUCAUCCCGCCGGCAAACUCGCUUGACCGCGCUGGAUCUCAUCACGUACGCAGUGGCUGACGAGCGGCCCCAGCAGUUCCUGCGCAUGUCGGAGUCGGAGUUGGAGGGCUGUCUGGUCGGGGUGAAGGACGCGGCGCUGCGGCACUGCCUUCAGUUCGGUAUCGGACUGCACCACGCGGGUCUGGGGGAUAAGGACAGGGGCCUCGUGGAGCGGCUGUUUGUGGAGUGUAAAAUCCAGGUUCUUGUGGCCACCUCCACCCUGGCCUGGGGUGUCAACACCCCCGCGCACCUGGUCAUCAUCAAGGGCACCGAGUACUACGACGCGCCCGGCGGGAGAUACGUGGACUUCCCCAUCACGGAUGUACUGCAGAUGAUGGGUCGCGCGGGUCGGCCCCAGUUCGACCGGCACGGGGUGGCUGUGAUCAUGGUGCACGAACCCAAGAAGCAGUUCUACAAGCGCUUCCUGUACGAACCCUUUCCCGUGGAGUCCAGUCUGCAGGACCAGGUGGCCGACCACUUCAACGCCGAGAUCGUGGCGGGCACCAUCCGCAGCCGCCAGGACGCAGUGGACUACCUGACCUGGACGUACUUCUUCCGGCGGCUGCUGCAGAACCCCACCUAUUACGACCUGCAGGGCACCGACUCGGACUCCGUGAACACCUACAUGAGCCGGCUGGUGGCCACGGCCCUGGGGCAGCUAGAGGAGGCGGGGUGUGUGACGUUGGGGGACGAUACGGACGGAGGUGACGGCGGCGGCGGUGAGGAGGUGGCGCCCUCCGCCGUCAGCCCCACCCCACUGGGCCGCAUCGCCUCCUUCUACUACCUGCAGCAUAAGACCAUGAGCCAGCUGGGUGGCAGCAUGGGACCCGGCAUGGGGGUGCAGGAGCUGCUGCAGGCCCUUUGCUCGGUGUCUGAGUUUGACGAUCUGCCGGUUCGCCACAACGAGGACAAGAUCAACGCGGCCAUGUGCCGCGGGGUGAGGUUCCCCCCGGAUAGUCGUACGGCAGAUGACCCGCACACCAAGGCGAAUCUGCUGCUGCAG